AUGCGCUUACAGCAACCUGCUGUAUUACCAACACAAACACUCGCGAGUGACUUCUCGAUGUCGUCCACAACAGCCUCGGCAGUAGCCUCGGAAACGUCAAACCAAGGUCAAUCCCUCGCGUUCAAAGUCGGACUCGCCAUGAUCCCUGUCGUGGUGAUCUUAUGCGUACUAUCUGUGAUUUGCAUCUUCUGGCGUCGACGACGACAGGCGUUCAGAGGCCUCCGACAUCCCACUUCAUACUCUGAUCCAGAGAAGGAGCUCAGGCCACAAACAUCAUGCGAGACCGAGCCGAGAACAAGCACUAGCAAAGUGUUGAACCUAGUGGCCUUCAGCACACCCAUACAAGAAGACGCAGUCCAACAACUACAUCAAAAGCGAACAAAACCCAAUCUGGGCAGGAAAUUCGCACUCAGCAUAGCAUCCACGCGACCUGGGAGUCGCGAUUCAAUCCAGCCUGACUUGGACUCGCCCAUCGAUCGUAGUAGUCCGUUUCGCCUCAAACGCGGCAACACAGUGCGGCAGUGCAGCCUUGGACCAGCGAUGAAUGCCUCUUGGCCUAUGCCACCUGAAACAGCCCGGAUGAAGCAGCCGACCAUAGCGGGAGGGCUGCGUGCGACACUUUUCGACGGAGAGAAUAAUCUCACAGUACCAAAGUCGUUCAUUAGCGCCCAGCAGAGAUUCCAGUCGCCAAAGGUGUAG